AUGUUUAUUUUGUUUUUAUUGGUAGGAACUCUAUGCCAAAGCACUUAGUAUUUAUGACUAAAAAUUAUUAGAGCUUUUUAGUUACAUAACUGUUGAUGAUGCCUUAUCUGAUCUGCUAAAAAUAUAGCCUAAAGGAUAUAAACCAUGGCAUCCAUCUUUGAAUGUGAGAUUACGUGUAUAAGAAGAAGAAAAAACAUAAGAAUUUUAUUCAUUUGUCUAAUAGCAAAUCAAAAUCAAAUAAAGAGGGAUCAACACAUAACAUCCAAUGCAAUUUGUAUAGGUUUAAGGGCCAGAAUUUUUUGAGAACUUAGUUUGUAAAUGCAGCUUUUCUCCUGCAGAAGCAGCAUAAGAGGAAGAAGAAGGUGGAGAAGGAGGAGGUGAAGAAGCAGAGGGUGGAGCAUGUGAAGCUGAAGGUAGUGGAGAAGGAGAAGGAGAAGAAGUUGAAUUUAUUGUAAAAAAGACCAAAGCUCAUGGAAAAGAUUUCAGUUUUCUAUAAGUAGGAACCCAAAGUAAUUUAAAUUAAUAUAUACCUCAACCCUAACAAGUUGAUUAAUUAUCCUAGUAUGAUUAAAGACUAUAGGCUCAAGAAUAAUUAAUAAAGCAAUUUAUGGAAAAAUAAAAUUAGUUGACUUAAUAAAUAUCUAUGUUACAACAGAGUUAAGGGGUUUUUGUACCUUCCCUUUUUCCAUAAGUUGUAGAUCCUAAUUUUCUAACUGCUCAAUAAUAAGCAUAAAUGGUUUACUUGUUAUAGCUACAAUAACAAUAAUAAUAAUAAUAAUAAUAAUAAUAAUAAUAAUAACAAUUACUUUAAUAAUAAAUGCUGAACCCAUUAUCGUUCUAAUCAAGUCCAACAAUAGUAAAGAAUGACAAUAUUUAAGCAUAAUAAUAGUUUCAAAUUCCAUUAUAAUAACCACUUGCUUAUUCUUAACCUAUAACAUAGCCUAUAUUGAACCCUUAGUAAAUCUUACUGUAAUAAUAAAUCCUUUAAUAAUAGUAAUUAAAUCAACAAUAAAUUCCUUAAUAAUUAAGUUAAUAACAACUUUUUUAACAAUAAUAGUAGUUAUUGAAUUAACAAUAAAUAACUUAAGCAUAAUCAUAAAUUCCUUAGCAAAUACCUUAAUAUUAAUAAUAAUAAUAAAUUCCUUAAAUACUUACAUAGGGUUAAUAAUAGUUUUAAGGUAUUCCAUAAUAAUCAAUGCAAUAAUAGAUUCCUUAACAAGUUCAAUUUUAAAAUCUAUAAUAAUAAUCUUAUUAAUAGAUUCCAUAAUAGUAGGUUUAGCAAUAAUAAUAAUAAAUACCAUAAAUUUAAUAAUAAUAAUAAUAAAAUGGAUUUUUGCAAUAACCAUAAUAAUAAUCAUAAUAAUAAAAUAUUCCUUAAUUCGAUUAAUUGGUAUUUAAAUAUUAUUUAAUUUAGUUGGCUUAAUAGAUGGCCUAACCUUUAAUGCAGCCUUAAUUUUUACAACAAUAACCACAACUAAUUGGAGGAAGAUGA